AAAGAGAGACUAAAAAAAAAGAAUGGCAAAUUUGUUCAUUAAGCAAGCACAACAAUACUCAAAGGGUAGGCCAAGUUACCCUCAAGAAUUGUUCAAUUUCAUUGCUUCUAAAACACCUUCUCAUGAUCUUGUCUGGGAUGUUGGUACUGGUAGUGGCCAGGCUGCUCAAUCUUUGGCUAAGCUUUACAAGAAUGUGAUAGCUACAGACACAAGUCCAAAGCAGCUUGAAUUUGCAGCAAAGGUUCCGAAUGUUCGAUACAUAUGUACCUCUCCUAAGAUGUCAAAAUCCGAAAUCGAAACCAAAAUAGGAGCAGAGUCAAGUGUAGAUUUGGUAACAAUUGCUCAAGCAAUGCAUUGGUUUGAUCUUCCAACUUUUUAUGAACAUGUUAAAUGGUUACUCAAGAAACCAAAUGGAGUAAUAGCAGCAUGGUGUUACACUACACCUGAAAUAAACAGCUCAGUAGAUGUAAUAUUUGAUAAAUUUUACACUAGUGAUACUGGACCUUAUUGGGAAUCACCAAGAAAAUUGGUUGAUCAAAAGUACAAAACAAUUGAUUUUCCAUUUGAGGCUGUAGAUGGUUGUGAUCAUAAUGGACCAUUUGAGUUCAAGAUUGAGAAAGUUAUGGACUUGGAUUCUUAUUUUACAUACUUGAAGUCAUGGUCAGCUUAUCAAACUGCAAAAGAAAAGGGUGUUGAGUUGUUAAGUGAAGAUGUUGUUGAAAAAUUCACAAGUGCUUGGAAUGAAGAUGGAAAGAGUGAGAAAAAAGUGACUCAUCCAAUUUACUUGAGGAUUGGAAAAGUUGGAAAUUUGGAUUGAAAGUGUAAUCAAUACAAUUAGUUAUGUGCACUUGGUCAUCCAUUUAUUUUGUAUUUUCUCUUGGUUGUUAUGUAUCUUUUAAUAAUAAAGCAUCUUAGUACAAAUUAAUACAUCUACUUGCACAA